AUUGGUCGAAUUCGAAAAGCGGGUAUAAGCAAGCCGCUCUGAUUGUAGUGUUCGUUGGACGCAACGUAAGAUAAAAAGAGAAGUUGGUGGCAGCGUUCUGUCAACGGAUGUUUUCGUAUCACCAGAAGACGCACGCGAGUUGACUUGUCGACAAUUUAUUACGUCCUCCUCGUUGUUGUUAGAUCCAUGACGACGAUGACUACCCUUUCGCUCCUUGCGAGCCACGACGAACUUGUGCGAUGUACCAACGUCCUUGUCAACGGCUCCUGCGAAGGAGAAUUUCUUCAAUUUGCUAUCAAUCAAGAGGAAAUGAGGCAGAAGUGGCUUGCUUCUGUUCAAGAAUGCCAACGUUUACAUUCUGCAUUAGAAAAAGCUCACCGUGAAGCAUCUAAUCUGGAUCGUAAACUAAGUCAUGCUAAACGCUUGUUAGAAGAAGAAAAAAAAAGACGAAGAACUGCUGAAGAACAACGUGAUAUAUGUGAGCGACAAAUUGCUUUGGUAAGAGAUUUAUUCAACAACGAUGGUGGCAGAAAUCUCAAUGAUGAGACUAGAGAAAAACUUCAAUUCUUGAACAACACAACCCUUAAUGGACGUAACAGUACUCAUCUAAGAGAUCAUCUUCAGGACAAAUUAAAUACAAUAACAGAGCUGGACUCAACUGGUUCUCUACUGAGUGAUGUGAGUUGUUUUUCUAAGUCAGAAGAUGAUUUGGACAGAAGUAUCAUACUUCAACAAACUCACAAAAAGCGCGAAUGGAAGGAACAUCGGCCAAGUGGCGAAUAUGUAAUCAGUAGUAAAAGACGUAGUGCUCUGCAAAAAGCCGUGGAUUUGAACAGCUCUGAUAAAAUUAUAGCAACAACGACCCUUCAUAUGCCGAAAGAUGGUACUAUAACUGCAUCUUCAGUUAUCGAGGCGAUCCCCGGUGAUGAAAACAAGGAUCCUCAGCCGAAUACGUCACAAAAUAGCUCGCGCAAGAGGCGGAAGAGUUCCGAACGUCCCAACAGGUCAAAAAGCAGUCAUUUAGAUCCAGAUGUACCACCCACUCCUUCUGCACCGAAAAAAGAUAUUUUAAGUUCCAACUCCGAUUCGGAAAAUAUUUGCAAACCUAGCCCAAAUAUUAAUGGCUUCACAAUGAGUUCUAGAUCAUCUAGAGUUCAUACUUUCAUUUCGAAAACCGUAGUAAAACCCGAAAUAUGCACACCAUGCGGCAAAAGAUUACACUUUGGAAAGCCGGCAUAUAAAUGCAAAGAUUGUAGAGCAGUAAGUCAUUCAAAGUGCAGAGAGUUCGUGCCUUUACCUUGCGUGCCGACCGGAAAUACACCCACACUUCGCGGCGCAACGGGAACCAUUGCUGAUUACACGCCAACAACACCACCGAUGGUACCAUCGUUAGUAGUGCACUGUAUAAAUGAAAUUGAGCUUCGUGGUAUGGGUGAAAGAGGCCUGUACCGAUUAAGCGGUGGAAUCACUGAAGUCAAGGCACUUAAGGAAAAGUUCCUAAAAGGUCGCGGUGCUCCAAAUUUGUCAAACACCGAUAUUUUUGUGAUAUGCUCGACCCUUAAGGACUUUUUGCGUUCGCUCAAGGAGCCGCUCAUUACCGUGAGUUUAUGGUCCGAUUUCGCUAGAGCAGCUGAGUUGAAUGACUUAGAAGCCGAUGGAGCUUUAUACCAGGCAAUAAUGGCACUGCCACAACCGAAUCGCGAUACCCUGGCCUUCUUAAUGCUACAUUUACAAAGAGUAGCCAGUUUACCUGAAUGCCAGAUGCCAAUCAGUAAUCUUGCUACAGUGUUUGGACCGACUCUCGUAGGAUACAGUACUCAACAACCUUCGCAGAAUUGUAUGCUGUCGGAAACUAGUACUCAAGUUGCCAUUGUUGAAAGCCUACUGAACACGCCAUCAGAUAUUUGGGCAAGAUUCGUUAAUCCCGAACCGCCUAACGAUAUCGCUACACCUAAACAUUUGAGGUACACACCUUCGACAGAGUCGCUAUUGAAAAAAGGAUUUUUCCAUACGCCAAUGAGUUCUUCAAAAUUAUUUUCGAGAAAGAAUAAAAAGUACUUUGCAACUCCGCCCUCAAGACAUCAAUACUGAAAAUGUAGACUGUAAUUAACGCUAAUGGUAUUUUUAGUCACUAGGUGCAUAGAUUGUACUUUUUAAACAUUUUCA